UCAAUUGACAGAGUGCAUUCCUCAACAUUUAAAAAUGCAUUGGCUUUCUAUUGUUAACUUGAGCUCUCCCUGAAACAUAUGAAUUAGCGUUUGGCUGAGAAUUCCACUGUAAGUUGCAGAAUACGACAAACUUGCACGAUCCAGAACUGUAAAGCAAGAUGAAGCAUCCCCAGCCCCUUUGCCUUUAAAAUGCCAUGGAAGCACGGAGGCUCUCGGCAGAACACCUUAUCUGCUCUCCAAAGCUGUGACUCUUCAUCCUUUCCUUAUGAAGACCCAGGGGAUUGCUUACUUAGCAUACACCAGAGGCAAUGGAUAGGGUGAGCAGCCACUGCAGCCAGAAACCCCCAGCACCGAGCGCGGGCAAUUCCCUGCACAUGCAGAGACUUUGGAGCUGAAUUGUGCUGAACAGAGAGCCCUGGGCUGGGGCUGAGCGAGCCAUGUGUGCCCGGCAAGAGCGGCUCCGCUGAAAAGCAAUGCAAGCACCCCGGUGAGAGCAGCUUCUGCUUCCAGGUCUGGCUGGAGGUGAAGCUGAGCAGAGCCCGGCCGCCGCUGAAGCGCCACUGACCGAGAGAACUUCUGAAAUAUGACUGCAGGGAGGAUUCCAUCUCCACCAUGCUGCUCUGCUGGCAUGUGACAGGCUUCCUGCCCAGGUCUGGAAGGAGCUCGAUGAUGUUAGGAGCAAACUCCAGCCCGGAUGAAGAGCGGCCCAAGCCAUGGAGGUGCCCACCCCAGAGCCCGUGUACGUCGACGUGGACAAGGGACUGACGUUAGCAUGCUUUGUGUUCCUCUGCCUCUUCCUGAUUGUCAUGAUCAUCCGCUGUGCCAAAGUCAUCAUGGACCCCUACAGCGCCAUCCCCACGUCCACGUGGGAGGAGCAGCACCUCGAUGACUGAGGGGCUCCCAGACAGAGCCAUGGGGUGCUCUGCUCCUAUUCCCACUGGGAAGGCUGGCACACCAACAGCCAUUUCCAGACAUGCAGGGCACAGGCAAUGUCUCCAAGAGCACAUCGUGUAAAUGAUUUCUGCUCAGCAGGUCAAGGUAUCAGCAAGCCAUUCUGGCAGCAGAGUUUACUACUAUGCAGCAACUCUUAUUUUACAGUUGGCAUUUUAACUCAAGUAGCACAAGAUUCUCCAGAUUUUCCUAAUAUAACUCUUGGUCUAGCACAGUUUGUCCCACCCUCAAUAUCACCCACAAACCCAGGGUAACUAUCAAUGCCAUGAAAAAGCAACAAGAGUAUUCUGUCUUUCCUGGAAACUGAUUGUUCCAAAUAUUGAUUGCUUCCUCAGUCACUAUGGGUGCAUUUUAGGAAAGGCCCAGCUUUCAUACCAGAGCAUCACUCAGUAGAAGUGCUGGAGUACCUCUGGCUAAGUAGAAUUAUGCAAGCAGAUUUAUUCUUGCCUCACUUGGUUCUGCACUUGCACUCCCCACCCCACUGCAGCCAUAAUUCCAGUGACCAGGAUACUGAGGCACUCACACUUGGGGGGUCCUGGACUGCUGUAGACCCCUCAGCACCACCUUGCUCUGUCCUAGUCAUGCAAAAACCUGCCAUAUCCUCUGUCAUGGGCCCUAGGAUUAAUCAGGCUGCUGAUUUUAGCUUGGUAGUCACCAAAAAUCCCUGGAGCAGAGCCUGGACACUGCUGGUGUCAACUACAUAAAACUUGCUGUGAUUUUCAAAGGGUGAUUCCACAUGCAAUUUCACCCUUCUUUUGCUUCAGGAGUACUUCAGUGGGAUGAGACAGGACUAGAAUGACAAGGACAAUAAGCAGAGAGACUUUUCUCCCAGCUUUGUAACUCAGAAUCCUCAGCAUAACAUUUAUAGUCACACUCAACAAUAAUAAACAUUCUACCUCGGAGAAAUUCAGCUCCUUCAAAGGAAGUUUUCCCCACAAAUUUGUAAGGUCCAUUUCCUUCUCUCAAUUCAUUAAGACAGCCAUUAUGCAAGAAGGCAGAAGGGAACAUGGGAGCACUGGAAAUUUGUUAUUUACCUUUGAAGAGUGGGGACUGCAGCAUUCCAAAGCUCUCUAUUCCUCAAAUUCUAAGGUUUGCUCAUGCCUGCCUUUUCUUUCAUGACUACAUGGUCAGCUUAUGGGAUUGAAAGGAAGCAAUUCAGAGCAGGUGCUGCAAGCACCAUGAACAGAAAGCACAAAAAGUUUGAGGGCAUUUCUCCAUUUUCCCUCCUCACCAUCCUACCUGACCCCCAGGCUCUUGCCAUGAGACCACACACAGUGGGUGGGAAAGGUGGAAGCAAAGGCUGUGACAAGAAAAUGGGGACACAGACUCUGUAAGGCACUGUUCUAGCUCUGACAGAUUUGUUUGAUAAUCACACAAGUCAACUUUUAUGUGCCUCAGUCUACUCACCAGAGAAAUGGGUGUAACAAUUUCAUCUUGUCACACCUCAUUUUGUCUGUCUAACAAUACCAGAAAGCACCUGGAGAGCCUUAGAGAGGGACACAGAAACGAGGUUCUCACUUACAGCUCUUCCUGCUGAAACCACCGGGGAAGGUCUGGAUCCUGUUACACUGCAGGGCUCUGUCACACAGGCAGAGGACUUCUCCAGGCCCCCAUUCCCUCCCUCACUGCAGUGUUCUGGGCCAAGCCAAAUGGCACCUGGCUUUUUUACACAGCCCACUGAUUUCUGAGGAUGUAAGGUGCUCAACACUGCAAAUACAGAGAUCCCAAAACAGCAGGCUAUGAGGCAUAUGGAGACUUCUGCAUGGAUCUUCUGAACCACAGAGUUUCUGCUGAUCUCCGUUGUAGGAGAUCCCAUUCCUGAGGCAGGAAAUUCAAAAUUAGCUUUCCUCCUGAUGUCCUCUACAAGAGACCUCCACUGCUUCCAUUUCCCACUGCAGAUUGCUCCUCAGGCUGCUAUUUAGCCUCAGCCUCUGCUAGCCAGGUAAUCACCAGUAACAGAGCACUUUUUCAGGCUUGAAUGUUUAAUGUUCACCAGACUUGGAGCAAACCCACUGGUCUCUUACUGGUGGGCAAAUCUUUCUCUACCAUAGGAGUGGAUGUCCCAGUUCAAAGAACAACACUCCUGUUCCCUGGGCUAAAGUUUGGAACCUGUUUUUUGUCAUUAAAUCUUGUAUCCCUCUAGUGGGGCUAUUCACAAAAUAAGCAAAAUAACAAAAUUCAGCCCAGGCUAGGGACACUCUCAGUGUGCAGGUCACCUGGCUGAGUUCACAGCUGGUGCAGAGCAAGGACAGAGCCUGUCCUCACACCUCUCAGUGCCAAUACUCCACUUGGUGCUGAUCUGCAUGCAGGACUCUUUGGCAUUGCCACCUGUCACUGACAAGCCCCAGUUCAGCUAAGGACUUAUUCAGGUGCUCACGUUUAAGGCUCUCAGCAGGCUGCCCAACUACAGAGACCAGGCUCAGCCCUGUGGCCUGUUCCUGGCAGGGCAGGGACAGCAGCACACAGUUCUUUCAGGAGCAAAGCCUGCCUGAGAACGGAGGGUUACAAAUGCAGAGGAAGCAAAUUGACAGAUUUGGUUUGCAGGGAUGGUUGCCACUGUUUUCUCUUUUUGUCCAGCUGAACAAACCAUUUUAUGGAUUUUCCUGAAAAUCCUCAUGAAAAGACCCCUCUGGGUAGCUUUGUUUUCUAAUAAAAAGGCACUUGUCCUCCUGGCAUAGCCUGUCAAGUUCAUCCUUCUGUUGACAAAAAAUGUCUUUAUAAAAAUCUGGAUAUUCACAUACAUGACUGCAUAAAAGUCACCAAGAUUGUUUUUAUAGAGAAAAUGUAAAUCUAUUGAUCUCUUCUCACUUGUGACCAGUGACAGGACUCAAGCCUGUCUGAGUUCAAGGAGCCUUUGGAAACCCUCUGAGGCACACGGUGGCAUUCCUGGGAUGUGCUGUGCCAGGCCAGGAGUUGAGCUCCAUGAUCCUGCUGGGUCCCUCCCAACUCAGCAAAUUCUAGGAUUCAUUCUAGUUUCUGCCUUUCCCCACUGGUUACAAUCACACAACCUCUUUAACCAAAAGCAAUACUGAACAUCAUGCCUAAGCCAGACAUUUUCAGCUCCUUCCCCAAGAGCCAGGGCUCUCCCACCCCAGGUGUGUCACUGCAGCUCUGGCUGGAGCCAGCCCUGCUGGCAAAGCCAUGCUCACAGCCAGGGAAGGGCUCUGCCAGCAGGAGCCAGCCAUCACUGGGCUUGGUAGCAUUUCCAGCUGCAUGCAACAAGUGCCUCUGCUAGUUUUGGUUCUUUUUUAAUCAUUGUGCCAUACUACCAGCAGCUGCACUCAGAGGAUGCAAGUCAAACUUGUUGCAAGUGUAUUUAUCUAACAUAAUAAACAGCUUCGACAUGGAAAACCUC